GUCAGCUGCAAAUGUAUGAUCAACACUUACUGUUAAGCGGCUGAGGUAAACGUUAUUGCCAUCAGUGACAACUUUAAUUCCAGUCAGUAACGAGCAGAGACGUAUUUCUACAAUGGCAGACCUGAGCUACAUUUCAUGUCCAAACACUGCCUAUAUCAGAUACAUGUCAAUACCUGACAUGUUGCAAGAAAGGACGAAUGAGGCUCCAGAAAAGGAAAUAUUCGUUCAGAGAUUUGAGGGGGGAGGUAGGAGGUCAUUGACGUAUGCUGAACUGCUGAAAAGGUCCACACACAUCGCCAAAUAUCUUACCGCUAGAGGAAUAGUGCCAGGGGACUGUGUUGCCAUUAUUGGUCCCAACUCCAUCGAAUGGAUAAUAGGCGAGUUCGCCAUCUUAUUAACAGGAGCAGUUGCUGUCCAGAUUUACAAGACAUCAGAAUCGUUCGCCGAGACGACCAAGCUACUAAAGUCCACACAAAGCAAGGCUGUAUUGCUCGAUCCUGAAUUCGAAAUAAACUACAUAUCAGAUAUGGAAGCGUACUUUACCAGUGAGGAAUCGCCACAAGGUAAACCGAUAGUUUUGUUGCUACAGCAAUCAGCGCUGUCUUCUCUCACCUCGAUGCCUGACGCUAUACUGACUACAGAAGAGGAGGUAGUUGCAUUGCCAAAAAUACAACCAGAAAGCACGGCCAUCAUUUUUACGACUUCAGGAUCAACCGGAGUUCCAAAAAUGGUCGAGAUCACGCAUUUGUCGAUGGUAAAUGCUUCCUAUAUCUCUUUUUUAGGAAUAGGAGGAGGAGAUAGGCCAUACGGCACUUCCUACAACGACCGGCCGUUUACCUGGAUGGCUGGCAGUCCGAUAUUCAGCAUCCUAAAUGGAAAUAAGCGGGUGUUUGUUGACACCGCGAUAGGCAUGAAAAAAGAAAAUAUCAUGGUUAUAUGGGAUAUAAUCAUGUCUGAGAAGUGCACAAACGCCAUGGUACUCCCAUAUGCGUUGCUCGAUAUCAUUGACAAUCUUGACGUUAUCCUCAAACAUGGCUACGGUUUGUACGCCAUUGGUACCGGUGGACAGCAUAUCGGCUCUCAUCUCACUGACAUAUGUGGUACAUGUACAGAGAAGUUCUUUAUGGGGUAUGGUUCUACCGAAGUUGGAGUAGUGAGCUAUAUUGAACUUACCACGGAAAUGGAGGAGGGACACGUAGGAUCGCUGUUUCCAGGAUAUGAAGUCAAAGUUAUCGGAGGCAAUGGUGCAACACUGAAUCGUGGCCAGUUGGGUGAUAUCCUUGUGAAGUCACCGUGGAUAUUGAAGUGCUACGGGAGUUCUCCUGAGUUGAACGCAGCCUCAUUUGCGGAAGGGGGCUGGUUUCGAACCGGAGACAUCGGGAACAUUACCGUCGACGGCAAGCUAUUUGUGAAAGGGAAAUCUAAUGAUGUUAUUAAGCGUGGCGGCUUGAAGGUUUUGACCUGCGUGGUAGAAGUAGCGAUGUCUAAACUUCCGGGUGUAAGGGAGGUUGUAGUAAUCUCGGUACCAGACGACCGGCUCUUAGAGGAAGUGUGCGCCUGUUACAUACUGGAUGAGGACGUGAAUACAUCAGAAUAUGAACUUGACCAGAAAUGUCGAGCUAUCCUCGGGGAUAAUGUGCUGGGCAGUACACCUUCCUACUUUCUGAGGUUCGAUAAGUUUCCGAGACUUAGAAAUGGUAAGACGGACAUUAAAUUAGUUAAAAGACAAGCGAUGGAAAGACUUGAACGCGGUUAAUCUCGGUAUUGGUGUCAGUUGCCUGAAACGAGUUCCUGGAAUUUGUUUGCAAAUGCAUUUAAUACUUGAAAUCACAUUUAUUCAGAUUCACGCAUAUACUUGAUCUACUAUCCUUUACUUUAUUAGAUUCCUGUAUUGGAACACAAAAUUACAACUCAGCCACGUCUAAAUUACAUGUAUAUAAAUAACCGAAUUGAUCACUCAAAAUGACGUAAAACAUUUUGUGACGAUAAUUGUUUACGACUCAUAUGGCUUAUUAUGAUUUGAUUAAUAUUUUCGAAAUAAUUAUCUGUUGUAGCAAAAAUCAUUUGAUAUCCAUUAAGUUAGGCGCUGUCCGCUUUCCGAGGCAUCUCGGUAGAUUUAAGACACUUUCAGCCAUUUGUCAGUUGAUGUCACAGAUGAUUCCAAAACGAGUGGAAUAGACAUAGGGUGCGACGAGUGUUGACUUGGUUUGAUUUGCUUCAACGGAUAAUGGAUUUCUCAAUAUAGUGCUUAGUGUAUUUUUUGCUUAUUUUACUUUACAAAACUGACGUCAUUGCUUGCAGACUAUCAAUGCUUUGAUAUGCAGUACUAUUGUGUUUUCUCCUUGCUAUUGGAACAAUUCGAAAGAACUAAUGAAGAAACGAUUAUCUCCCUCUUUAUCUAAGAUACAAUUGUUAUAUCUGUGAAAAUCAAGCUUCUAAAUAUUUCACCAUUGAAUGGGUCGACCACAUUUCUGGAGCACAGGUUUUUGUUUUAAUGCAUAUUUCAAUUACUGUGUUGUUGCAUCAGUUUUCAGUUCCGUUCUUGUAGUAUUCUAGGAUCAUUCUUGGUUUCUUUGUGGUUGGCUCUUGUUAAUUGUGUCAUUGUGUGUAGACAAAGUAGCAAAAUUGAUAUAUUUUGUCAUUGUGUGUUGUCACUAGUAUAUGUUAUCAUUGCAAGUCGACGCGGUGAUACUAUCUCCCCUGUGGAUUGACGCUUUGGUUUAUUUUAUCACGUAAUGUUGACGCUGUAUUUAGUAACUGUGUUAUUAUGUAUUGUAACAGGGGAUGUGAUAGAGAAACAAAGUAUCAAACAAGAAGUUAUGGACAUUUCGAGUUACCUCCCGUAGAUCGAUCAGCUCACGUUCAGAUAAUAUCAUGUAUUUAUUGAAUUCAUAUUUUUGUAUGUUUGAAGCAAUGCCAUAUGUACAUACUUCUUUUAGAUUAUAACCACUUGUAUGAAAAUUAUUCCGUAAACAUUUUAAGUGAUAUUUCUUGUUUAAAACUCUUUUUUGAUUCGACUUGUACCAUGUAGUCAUAAUUUCAUUAAGAAGUAGAUAAGGCCUUGAUUUCGAGCACUGAAACAUAUUGAGAAACGAGUUAGUAUAUAUAAUGCACGGAAUAUGAUAUGGAAUGAAUAUUUGAAAUAUCAGUGUUUGUCCGGCAACUCUAGUCAUAGGGGUAGUGAGACGACUGAUGUACACGAAAUAUAAUCCGACUCUCUAACCAAACAAUCUAUCUGAUAACAGCAAUCGGACAAGUUGCCUUUUCGGUAGUAUUUCGCGAUUUAAUGGUCUGCUUUUAUCUGUCAUGAAGUCCGCAAUAUAUACAACGUGAAAUGGUGAAUGCUUCCAUCAAGGCAUCACACAUUAUUUUCUCGGUAAAAAUGUCACUAAAUUAAUAUCAUAGUGAACCAGUAACAAUAAAUUGUACUUUAGAUUUUCAAUUCUUUAAGCAAUCAGACAAAAGAAAGUGAUUGUCAAGGGGCAAGUUCAAUUAAACUAUUAAAGUUGUUUUAGAAAAGAAGUGGUAAUGAUACGACAUAUUGGUUUUAGUGUUUAUAGUCGUUGGUGAAAAUUAUUUACAGCUUAUACAUGUUUCUGUAGUCAAUAAACAUUGUUUUCUUUCAUUUGUUUGGUUUGUGGUUUCUUUUUGCUGUACAAACAAAGCUUAAACAAUUGCUCUUACUGAUUUGUUUGCAAAUGUACUAUUUGAUACCAGCACAUGCAUUGUACAAUGGUUUAUAUAUUUAUCCCCGAGA